AUAUAUCGCGUACAAUCACAUGACAACAUGGUGGCUUCCUCCUGAUGUACGGCUAUUACGAGUGACUAUAUUUACACUUUCUACAGCUGAUUAUGGAAUCGUCCGGGGAGAAGAAGGAGUUUCUCUUCAAAGUUUUGGUAAUAGGAGACCUCGGUGUUGGAAAAACUAGCAUCAUUAAGCGCUAUGUUCAUCAAUUUUUCUCUGUACACUACAGAGCUACAAUUGGAGUUGAUUUCGCGCUCAAGGUUAUAAACUGGGACACUGAUACACUUAUUCGUUUACAGCUAUGGGAUAUUGCAGGACAAGAAAGAUUUGGGAACAUGACACGAGUUUAUUAUAAGGAGGCGGUUGGAGCUUUCAUUGUGUUUGAUGUCACAAGAGCGUCUACAUUUGAAGCUGUGCAGAAAUGGAAGAAUGACUUGGAUGGUAAAGUUAUGCUUCCUAAUGGAGCUCCAAUUCCUGUUGUUCUAUUAGCAAACAAGUGCGAUCAAGCCAAGGAGGGUCUAGUUAACAAUGCAAGUCAAAUGGAUGAAUAUUGUUCAGACAAGGGGUUUAAUACUUGGUUUGAGACAUCAGCCAAAGAGGACAUAAACAUUUCUGAGGCAGCAAAAUAUCUUGUGGCAAAGAUUCUAGAGAAUGAAAAGGCAAAUAACUUUGACAGUAUUCCAAAGGACCCUGACUCAAUAACAUUAACAAACAGUACAUCAGUGACAAGCUCACAGGAAUUUAAGAAUAUUCCUUCCGCUGAACCACACAAGACAGGCUGUUGUUAACCAAGUUUUUGCUACCUAGGGUGAUCAAAUUAUUUUAAUUUACCGUAAAACAAUCUUGCAACUUAUUGUGGAAUCCCGAUUUCUCAGAUCUUCACUUGUUCAAACCUCAUGAUAACUUGAACCAAAACCUGUUUUACUUCCCUCAGUAGAACACUGCAAGUUUACUCCAGAUUUCUCAAACUAGGUGAUUUUUCAAACCAAUUUUCAUUUCCCUUGGAGGUUCAAAAAUCGGGAUUCCACAGUAUUUUUAAUUGUAUUACAAGGGGAUUGUUUGGAAUUGAUCAUCUAGAAAGAUUGCUGGCAUUCUUAGAGUGUGGUCUAACUUUAAUAAUUAUGAUUGUUAUUUUCGUAGUCUCAUAUUGGCUGCUUUUCGCGGUCCAGAAAGAUUUGUUACAAACUUUAUUCUGUCUUCAUUCCUGGUCAAAUCAGUCUUUGAGCAUGUAUACUUGGUCAAUAAGUAUGAGUUCCACUAUUACAUCAUUUGACAAUAAAAUUAUCAUAGUGUUAAGAUAGCACAUAAAAAAUUUAUGAGAGCAUGUUACACUGUAGUGUCUCACACAUGUAUUACACAGAGUAUCCCACUGUGGAGCUAACUAGCAAGAAUGUAAGAGAAUUAUUAUAAACUCUAGUUUGACGGUUUUAUAGUUACUGUAACAAUGCGUCAAUAUUUACAUGAUUUCUCCCGUUAUUUGUUGUUUGCCCCAUAUUGCCUCAUUUCUGUAGGGCACAGAAAAACACUUUAGAAUGCCCAUGGUCCGUUUUUUCUAUCAAGUUAUGGAAACACGAGUGGAAGUUUGGCAGAGCAAGAAAUGCUGUGGGAACAUGAGCUGAUAGG